GGACAUGACGAAACUCUGUUCAUUUACGUUUCUUUCCUCUGCCACUUUCCGCUCCAACCCAGAGCAGAAGGAAAAAACGACAGAAAGAAACUUUGUGUACAGAACUUUAUGGCCGAUCGUAUAGAUUUUUCCUCCGGCUGGGCAAAAAGAAGAUGACACAUUGCCGAAGAAACUACCGCCACAUAAAGCCUUAAAUCACGGCGCAAUCUAGCAUAAACCCGUCAAAAAGUCUCCGUUUUUUCGCGCCACUCCGUUUUUUUCCUUGAAGCCAAACAAACCAGUUCGCCGCAGGCGCAUUUUAGCUGCUUCGUUUUUCAUUCUCGAUUGUCUUCCGUUUAAGGAUUAGUAACCACUCUCUACCAGUGGCUGGGAUAGUGAAAGCCUUAUGUUACAAUGAGAGGGCGUGAAGGAGAUAUAUAUUCCACUUACAAACGUGCAUUGAACAAGGAAAAUCUUCUUCCGCAAGGGAGAGAAGAACCAGGCCACUCACAGAAUGAGGGUUAUGAAGUAGAGGUCGGGAAUCCCUCCUGGAAGCGCCCCUUGCCACACAUAUUGGUCGCUACUCUUUCUUCAUUCUUAUUUGGUUACCACCUUGGGGUUGUUAAUGAGACUCUAGAAAGCAUUUCUUUGGAUCUUGGCUUUGCUGGUAGUACAAUGGCUGAAGGUCUGGUGGUCAGUACGUGUUUAGCUGGAGCAUUUGUUGGCUCUAUAUUUAGUGGUUGGAUAGCUGACGGGGUUGGUCGGCGUAGAGCAUUUCAAUUGUCCGCUUUGCCAAUGAUCAUUGGUGCUUCUAUCAGUGCCUCAACAAGUACUCUUGGAAGCAUGCUUAUUGGAAGGGUGCUUGUCGGUACAGGGAUGGGUCUUGGUCCACCUGUUGCCGCUCUCUAUGUAGCAGAGGUUUCACCUGCCUUUGUACGAGGUACUUAUGGGAGCUUCACUCAGAUUGCAACAUGCAUUGGUCUCAUGUGUUCUCUCUUCAUCGGCAUCCCAUCCAAGGAUGUUGUUGGCUGGUGGCGAGUUUGCUUUUGGGUGUCUUCUAUACCGGCAGUUCUACUUGCUAUAUUGAUGGAGUUCUCUGUAGAAAGCCCCCAUUGGCUUGUUAAGAGAGGAAGAGUUGGAGCAGCUGAAGAAGAACUCGGAAGACUGAUGGGAGGGUCACAUGUUAGUUUCGCGAUGGCAGAAUUUUCCAAGUCAGACAAAGUAGAUGAGGGUGAUAAUGUUAAGAUGUCAGAUUUAAUUUAUGGGCACUAUUUUAGAGUGGUUUUCAUCGGGUCUUCCUUAUUUGCUUUGCAACAACUGUCUGGUAUAAAUGCUGUCUUCUAUUUCUCUUCAACUGUAUUUAAAAGUGCUGGAGUACCUUCAGAUAUCGCAAACAUAUGUGUAGGGGUUGUAAAUUUGACAGGGUCCAUUAUUGCCAUGAGUUUAAUGGAUAAACUAGGAAGGAAGGUGCUUCUUCUGUGGAGUUUCUGGGGAAUGGCGGUUGCAAUGUUCUCUCAAGUAAUGGCAGCAUUUUCAUUCACACCGGACUCAGCAAAAGUAUAUAUGUCUGUUGGUGGCAUCCUAAUGUUUGUCCUGGCAUUCGCUUUUGGGGCCGGGCCGGUGCCUAGUCUGCUCCUAUCAGAGAUAUUCCCAAGCCGAAUUAGGGCGAAAGCAAUGGCUAUCUGCAUGGCUGUACAUUGGGUCAUAAACUUUUUUGUGGGUCUUUUGUUCUUGCGUUUACUCGAACAACUCGGUCCACAAGUUCUGUAUACAACAUUUGGCGCAUUUUGCUUGAUAGCAGUGGCCUUCGUGAGGAGGAAUGUGGUUGAAACGAAGGGGAAAACACUUCAGGAAAUUGAGUUUGCCUUCAUUCUGCCUCAUUAGCUGUUGUUAAUUGAUCCUACCACUCGUUUUUGCUGCAGCUUUUCAGGUAGUUUCAUUCUAGACGACAUUUCCUCAUCCACUAAAAACAGACUGCAAUAUGAAGGUUGUGUAUUUAUAGAGUUGGUCGGAUCUGCCAAAGAUUUAAGGUUUUGUACAAGUACGCAAAUAGCAUAGAGAGCCACAUACAAUAUUUUAGUCUCCAUAAAUAAUACUCCAUAUAGUUUGGCUUGGAUGCCUUUGGCUGCCUCAUAUUUUGCACAAACCUUUCAUUUUAGGAGUGGUAUUGUUACUCUAUUUCAUCCGAACAUUUUUGCAUCGCCGUUUAUUAAGAGUAAAAAUUCUACCCUUUUUUCUUUCUUUCAUGAUAACUUGGUCUUUUCAGUGAAAUAACUGUACUGUUGUUAUCAGAAUGACCAAUGUCUCAACUGCAACUCAAACCCCAUGCUCUUGUUACACUUGCCCCAGUAUCCCUGACAGACUGACUUCUCACGUGUACUAUCUUAUGUAGCAGACACACGACGAUACUGGCCAUGAAGGUUGUAGACUUGUAGUACAACUCUCCAAACGUUAUUGUUGCUUUUUGUCGAGGGGAGCUUAUACGCUAUGAUUAUGAGGCCGUUUGGCUGUUUUUCCGCUUAUUAGUCAAUUUUUUCACCAAACACGUAACUUUUACUUUCGCGUGCUGAAUUGUGUAAUAAGCAGAAAAAGUAAGUUUGGAGUUACUUUUCUUGCUGUAUUGACUGAAGUUACUGUAGAUGACCA